AUGUCAGAGGCGGAUAGUUCCUCAAAUUUAGAAGAUUUUUCAGAUGAGGACCCAGACUACAAACCCUCUAGUGAUGAAGGCACUUCUAAUACUAAUCUUGGCUCUCGAACCCUAGAAAAUUACGAUUCAGACAAUAGCAGUGUCGAAGAAAACAUUGCUCAAUCUUUGUCGUUGCUUCCCAGUGAAAUUGAUGUGAUGGCGAAAGAAGUAAGUUCUUAUGACCUAACUGAAAAUAAUACUGCUGAUGUGAUUGCAGAAGAAUUGACUUCUAAUGGCCAAUAUGAAAAUAAUACAGCACAGCAAGAAAAUGUUCAGAAAAAGUUGACAAGAAAAAGAAAGAGAGACGUUGGAACAUGGAAAAGAGUUGUAAAUAAAAAUCUCUGUGAACAUGGGAAAGAAUACACUGAUGUGAAGGGAAGAAAACGAAGACAGCGGGAAGUAUUUAGCAAAAAAGACUGUGAUAGUGUGUGCAAAUUUAAAUGUUCAAAAAUAAUUAGUACUGAUGAAAGGCUAAAAAUUCAUGGGGAUUUUUGGAAAUUAAAUAAUGAAAGUAAGCUGCAUUUUUACAAUACAAACACAGGCAAAUCUUUGAAGAAACGCAAAACUGUUGAAAAUUCCUCACGACGUAUUUUUAGUUAUCAGUACUACUUUAAUAUAUUAGCCAGAGAAGAAUCUCCUAUUUCCAUGAUAACAAAAGGGAAGAAGUUACGGGUUUGCCAAUACCACCCCAACAGGGCAAACACCCAAAAAAAGUGA